UGGGAAAGAAACUUCUACGAAUUUAGAACGCAUUUACAAAUUUGUAGCGACAUAUAUAACUUAUGAAGAAGGUUUUAAUUGGAUGUACUGGUAGUGUUGCAACAAUUAAAUUACCACAUUUAGUAGAAAAGUUGUGGCAAAAUAAUUUGGAAGUAAGAGUAGUGGUUACUGAAAAAGCCAAGCAUUUCUUAAAAGAAGCAGAACUGCCUCCAGGAAUUCAAGUACUAUCCGAUACAGUAGAAUGGGCUGCUUGGCAAGAUAGAGGUGAUCCAGUGUUACAUAUUGAUUUAGUGAAAUGGGCAGAUUUAUUUUUAAUUGCUCCAUUAGAUGCUAAUACUCUUGGAAAAAUAGCCAGCGGUAUAUGCGAUAAUAUAUUAACUUGUGUUGCACGUGCCUGGGACCCUUUGAAGCCCCUAAUUUUUUGUCCUGCCAUGAAUACAAAAAUGUGGGAACAUCCUGUUACUGCACCACAGGUAGCUCUGUUGAAGUCUUGGGGAUACAAAGAAGUAACAUGCAUUUCUAAAACUCUUAUGUGUGGUGAUGUAGGAAUAGGUGGAAUGGCAGAGGUAGACACUAUUGUUCAAACAACGUUAAGAUUGCUUAACCCUUGGGACCCAUAUUCGCCACCGGAUUUACGUCUUUAGCAUGAGGAAGUAAAAAUAAAUUGUUCAACGAAAUUUUAUUAUAAUACAAAUAAAAUGUGAAAUAUCUUACGAAAAAAGAAAAUUAAAUGUAAAAGAAAAUCGCGUACUAUAGUGGAAUUCAAAUAAUUUAUGCUCAUAGUGAAAUUCGAGUUCAAUGACAAGUUUUAACUUGUAAGAUUACGCUUUCUCGAAUGCACUGUAGUCGCGAUAUUUUGUUGCUCAAAUGGAACGUCUAAAACAGUUACGUUAAAGGAGGUGAGCAAAGCGAAGCCCGUUUGUCCACUCGCCAAAGUAAAAUGUAAAAAUUGUAAAGAAAUUCUGUUAACAUAUCCUUUAAAGUUUACCCAAUAAAUA